AUGCCAUUGAGGUUGUCCAAUCAUUUCCCAAGAACCCAUAUUUUUCCAAUCUAUUUGUUCACCGUCUCUAAGCUUCAAUGGGUUUCCAAAUUUUCUUCGAUCUCGAAAUAUCAAGGUCAAACCGGAGGCGCAGCCUCCGUUUGGUUCGUUAAGGUUGUAUGCACUCUAUAUGUUCGACGUAAAUCCUCAGUGACAGAACUUCACAUUUCCGAUUAUCUUCGCAAGAAAUUAGAUUCCUCGAUUGCUUUUACUGUUAUCGAGCAUAUGAAUAGUAAUUGGAACAACCCGAAUUUGGCUUUUAGGUUUUUAGAGUAUACCAAGGUUACGUUGAAUCUUGUUCAUUCCUUUGAAACAUAUAGUUUUCUUGUAAGGUCAUUUUGUCAAUCGGGUGUUCCUAAUGCAGCCAAACUAGUAAUCGAUUCAAUGAGGAUUGAUAACCUGUCACCAGAUAGUUCUCUUUUAGGGUUUGUAAUUACAUCAUUUAUAAAUUCUGGUAAACUUGAGGUUGCCAUGGAGUUGAUUAAUGAUUAUUCUCAAUACAGAUCAGAAAAAGAUGAUCCCCUCAGUUGUUUUGUGUUCAACAGACUUCUGAGUUCCUUAAUGAAGAUCAACAAGGUGGAUGAAGCUGUAGCUUUCUUUGAAAAAGUAAUUCUAAGAUCACAAUGCUACUCCCCUGAUGCUUAUACUUUUAACAUAGUCAUCUCUGGUCUAUGUAGAGCUAGAAAGGUUAACAAAGCUUUUGAGUUUUUCACUCAAAUGAAGGAGUUUGAUUGUUUGCCUGAUAAAGUCACCUAUAAUACUCUUUUGGAUGGAUUUUUUCGUGUUGGAAAUGUCAAAAAAGCACACGAGUUAUUGCAAGAAAUGUUGAUUAUAGAUGGAUUUUCAUGUUCACCAGAUGUUGUGACUUUUACUUCAGUUAUAGAAGGGUACAAAAAACUAGGUGAAGUCUCAAAAGCCUUCAAGAUUUUGGAUGAAAUGAGUAGAAGAAAUUUACACCCCAACAUUCGCACAUUUUCAAUCCUCAUCAAUGCUUUGUGUAAAGAAGGUAGAUUAAAUGAAGCACAUGAUCUUUUACAAGAAUUGAAUAAAAGAGACGAUAUUGCCCCUAAAGCCUUCAUCUACAACCCUGUGAUUGAUGGUUUUUGUAAAGCGGGAAAUGUGGAUAAGGCCAAUGUGAUUUUUAAAGAAAUGGAGGAGAAAAAGGUGAAUCCUGAUAAGUUGACAUUUACUAUUUUAAUAAUUGGGCAUUGUAUGAAAGGGCGAAUGGUUGAAGCAAUAAGUCUUUUUGAGAAGAUGGUAAAAGACGAAUGUGCCCCUGAUUCGAUUACUGUGAAUUCAUUGGUGUCACGCCUUUUAAAAGCUGGAAUGCCUAAAGAAGCUUAUGAAAUAAAGAAAGUUGCUUUGGGGUGCAUGCAAGAUGGCUUAACACUUGGCAUUAUCAGGUCAACUCUCGUUUGACUUUCACCACAAAAAUGGUGGAUUUUAGCAGAUGGGCAAAUACAAGAAUAUCUUUUAUCAGAAGACUUGAUGCAUGAAGGACUAUUUGUUGCUGGAGUUGUCCAGGUGAUAUAAAAAACCCAGAUUUCAACUUGUUAAAGAAUGAUAUCGAAAAAUCUAGAUGCUGAUGUGGCAUUUGGUUUGCAGAAUGUUAUUUGAAAGAAUGGAAUCUGUUACAUGAAUUUGAAUAUGAGGGGAUUUUGAUUUGUUAUGUGUUUAGUUGACAAGAAGUAGAAC